AUGGAGGACGCGUACGCUGACUUAAAGAUAAUGUUGCAGCAGCAGCUGAGGCUGAUGGAAACUCUAACCAUGAAGCUCUCCACCUCAUCCACGGGCCAAUUGAGUUCUGUUGGUGACUCACAAUCCGCUCACAUUAUUCUACCCAAGGAUCUUCGAGAUGUUUCAUUCAAGGACGCGUCGAAGACGUUGUCGUAUAUUUUUGGUGAGCAGUUAUCCCUGUUCAACACUCAAUUUCAGUGGCUGCAACUGUGCAAAAGGGAGUCCGGCGAUUUCACCACGCACGCCGGUACUGUCAAUCGCGUGUGUGGGUGUUUUCAGCUCGUUUCUUUCACAGAGGACCAAUUAAAAUGUCUCAUAUUCAGCUGCGGUCUCCAGUCCCCCGAGGAGGCUGAUAUCUGGACACAUCUUAUGUCCCAAAUGCAACAGAACAGCUCAGUCACCCUCCAAGAACUCAUUGCCAAAUAUCAAACACAGAUCAAUCUCAAACAUGAUUCGGCCAUGACCCAAGGCAUUUUUACUAUCUGUCCAGUCAGUGCGGUCGCAGCUGCUAAGCCACAUCCGGUUAUGCGGUCCAAACAAUCCCCAAGGCAAAAUCCCCGCCCUCCCCGUAUCAGUAUAGUGGCGCGUGGCAUUUCCAUUUGGAUUGCACAGUUUGGCAACAUCGUUUUCAGAACUUUAAUCAGAUGGGGCACCAUGCUGGGUUCUGCCAAUCCUCAAAUGUAUAAUCCUGGGUUAAACUUCUUUUGCAAUGAGAUUCUUAAUCGUACGCAGGGUUCAGGAUCCAUCUCCAUUUUGGAGUUCAACAAGGAAGGGACCCAUCUCGCCUACGGUAACUCUGAUGGUAUCCUGAGCAUUCUGGAGUUGGGACAAAGUAAAUCUGACAAUGGCUAUUCAACCCAUGUGUGUUCCAAGCCAUAUCAAUCCUUCUUAAAACGAACAAUUAAACUUUGGCGUGUUACCGAAGUCGCCCUUCGUGAGAUGACAAAUAUGAAUUUUCCAACUGAGUCCGGUUCAAGGAGAAAGGUCGUUAUCCGUUCUAACUCUGACUUGAAAGUUCCGCUGUGGACUGUACAGUCCGAGAAUAAAGUUGUCCGUGUAUAUAACAAGAAGGUCUUUGCACGUGGCCAUGGGUUCUCUCUUACAGGACUUUCUACCUUUUCCGACCAAGAAACAUUUCUGUCGUCUGAUCCGUUGAGGAUCAAUCUAUGGCAUUACGACAUUGACUCGGAGGCAUUCACUAUUGUGGAUCUAAUGCCGGACCGAAUUGAAGAUAUUACUCAUUUAAUAACUAGUCUGACGACCUCCCCGAAAACUCCCUCUCUCUUUGCUUACAGCACGAAUAGAGGAUCUGUUCGUGUUUGCGAUCUGCGAGCCGCUGCGCUAUGUGAUCAACCAGCGAUAUCUGUGGACAACCUACCUUCUACUGAGCAAAAUAUGGUUUUAAUUCUUCUGAACUCCAUUGCCGACGUGAAAUUUCUUAACAACUCUGAUCGCCACCUCGUUACACGUGACUUUAUGACCGUGAAAGUCUGGGACCUUGCAAUGCCAUCAGCCCCUGUUGAAGUUUAUCCCGUGCAGUCUCACCUCCGGCCUUAUUUAAACAGCAUAUGUGAAACAGAGCUGCUUUUCGACGACUUCAAGUUAUCCCUCUCUUCGGAUGAUCGAUAUAUUUUUACCGGUUCCUACCAGGAUGAAGUGCGCAUUAUCGAUAGAUCUAUGUCUGGUACCGGAACUUACAAACUGAAAAUGGAAUGUGAUGAUUCACCUUUCUACUCAAACUUUUAUAACCAGGCGGACCUGGGAGCUUCCUCACCUGACUCAGCGCCUUGGCCCCGUCCACUGACUUCGGAGUUGAUACAACCCCCCGAGGAUGACGUAGAGGGCAAUUUCCCAAUAACGUCUCUCUUCUCCCCAACAAAUGUCAAAAAAUGGAUAAGCGUAUCUUGGUGUCCGAACUCUCUGGUUGCCGCAACCUGUCAUGCUGAUGCCAUUCACAUCAUCGAGGGCGUCGAAAAUGAGGUCCACAUGUGA